AUGGUGAAGCCAGAAUCCUCGCCUCCUACAUUGACAGCAGAAACAUCCUCACCGUUUGUGCCCUUGGAUUCCUCAUUGCGCGCCACUCCCAUCCACCCCGAUCUCGCGGAAAUCAAAGUCCCAGGGGGUCCACUACCGUCAUACAACUAUCAUCCAGUGACAUGCGAACCAAUCAAACCACAAGAUUACCCAGAUGAGCUAGGGCAACUACAGCAAGAAUUCACAUCGAAGGACGCUGUACUGCGUGCUCAGGAACGAGCCGCCAAAGAAGUGCAGGAGAUCAUUGAAAAUGCCCAGCGCAAACGUGAGGACGUGCAAAGAGCCAUGGACAAGAAGGUCAAGGAACGCGACACGGAGAUGAAAGUUGUUUCCAAAUUCCAGGAAGCUCAAGCCGCGGAUACUUCAUGA